UAUAAAGUCCAAGCAGAGUCACUCACAUUGAGCCAGUCCUUUGCUCUGCACAGACCAGCAAGAUAACUCACCCACAGCUAUUGCAACAUUAACAACUGGACUUUGAUUUCUGCAAAAAGCUGACUUCUAAAGCAAGACUAGCCUGUGCAUGCCGGAUAGGAUAACCACUCUGCAACUGCCCAUGACAAGAUUAAAGAAGCUGGUGUCACCUGUACUCACCAGCGAAGUCUGACCAAGCGUCGGGUUCAAUUUCAAUUGUGAAACUGAAUCAGAGGAGCAAAAGUGGCAGCACAGCUGUGGCAUUGUGUCCCUGUAAUUGAGACCUUCAGAAAAUAUCAGAGACAAAGCAGUGCUCUUUUAAACUGUAUUUUAAUCGUUUUUGGUGCAAGAAUCAGUGACUAUUGAAGAAGGAGGAAAAGAAGAUCUACUUCACCUUAUCUUAAGCUUGAGCGCAGGUGAGGGGCUGCCAUGACGCGUGGAGCUCCGUCCUGCUGGAGCUUAGGGACACUUUGGUUUGCGCUGUCCCUUGCCGCUCUGGGUUUUUCGGACCAGGCUAUACGCUGUCCCAUCUGCACAGAGGAGAAGCUAGCCACCUGUCGCCUGCCAGACGGGUGCGAGGAGACAGUGAGGGAGCCUGGGUGCGGGUGCUGCCCCACCUGUGCCCUGCCCAAAGGGGCGCAUUGCGGGGUGUACUCUCCCCGGUGUGGCACAGGGCUCCGCUGUUACCCACCCCGAGGAGUGGAGAGACCGCUGCACUUGCUCAUGCACGGUCAGGGGGUGUGCACGGACGAAAGGGAGUUGGAGGACAACUCAGCUUUGGAGCGGCAGGAGGAGAUCAUCCCUGAGCAUCCAAACAACAGUAAUAUCCGCUGCAGCCCUCAAGACAAGCGCUGCAUACAGAAGACCCUCGCCCGGCACCCGUCUAAACCCACAAACCAGAGGAACAUGGGCAGAGAGGAGGCCAAGGCUGCGCUGGCUCCAUGUCGUGCGGAGCUGCAGAGGGCACUGGACCGACUAGCCUCAAACUCUCGUACCCAUGAUGACCUGUUCACCAUCCCCAUCCCGAACUGCGACAAGAAUGGAGACUUCCAUACCAAACAGUGCCACCCUGCCCGCGACGGCCAAAGGGGAAAGUGCUGGUGUGUGGAUCCCAAAACUGGUCUGAGGAUCCCGGGACCCCUGGAACUUCGGGGGGACUUGGACUGCCACCAGCUUGUGUCGGCUACACUGAGAGACUGAACUGUAGGGGGUGUUGUGGAGAGAGCAGAAUCAGCUGAAUUCUACUGGUGCUUAUAGGAGCUGUACACUUGGAGAAGGACUUUGCCGCAAAGCCUGACUCAUGACGGGGUCAUGGUAUCUGCGCUUAUGAAACAAAAAGGAAACCAUUGACUGUUUUGCUAUUUUAUUUUUCCUGUGUGUGAGAGGGUGUUGUGAGUCUUUUGAGCACUUGUUGUAUAUUGUUUUGGCUCUGUGAACUUGAGAAUGUUUUUAGACAUGUGCUUCUGAAAUACAAGUGGCAAAAAAUGUUUAAGAUGUGAUAAACAUAAGUAGGCAAAAUGUGUUUGUCUAGUCUAAACUCUCCAAAAAUAUUAAAAUAAAACAGAUGACAUAAAUUAAGCCUUUCCAAGGUUCUAUAUGGUUAUUAGUAGGCUUAUAGCUAGCAGUUUUUAAAUAUUGUAGCCAACAACUUCAUGUCACGACCCUCUAAUGUUGAAUUACACCUAAGCUGGUCUCCACAAAUGGCAGGCUGCUGAGAUGAACUGAUGAAGAGUGGAAUAAAAAAAACCCACAAUCUCCUGUGUUAAACUGCCAAAUGCUACGCUGUUGCGUUUUACUGCACCAAAGUGAAAAUGAUAUCCUUGACAGACAUUUGGUUAAAAACCCAACAGAGACACAUUACAGUUACUGUGAACAGUUGUUGUCCAAAAGCCUGAAGCAGAGCGGGGCUAAAUGCUGUACACUGCUGAUAGUCUAAUCAUGUUCCCACAGCAUCCGCUGGAUGCCAAUUUCACUUCAAAUGUUUUAAGACACACCUCGACUCAUUUUCAAUAUCCAUCUAAAGGAAGAAAUGCAGAUUUUCUACCAAGAAACUUCACCACACCUGAUAAAAAUUUCAAACGUGUCUGUGAUGUAUUAAAACAAUGACUUAAGUGUAACUUAACUGUAAGGUUCUGUGGAGCUGGUCUAAAGUGAUGAGCACAUGUGCAAACAUCUGCAACAGCCUUGGGUGAAAGAUGUCACUCAUAACCACAGUAAAUAUCAUCUAAACAGUGCAGCUGUAUACACUCCGGAGCUGACACUAGGCCUGGUGUUAUGGAAUACAAGCAGUGUUAAAACUAGAGACUGUUCAGUUUAGACUCUGCAUCUCCCUCACAGUCUGUACAGGUUUAAAUGAUAAACAAUACAAACUGGUUGUCAACUGGUGCUAUGUUCAAAACCAAACAAGGUGUAGCUGAACCCCUUAGGCACAUAACAUAUUGUAAAAUCAACUGUAGAAUGACUACAGAUGUGAAAUAAGGGGAUGCUUAAAUCUCAUAUAAACAGAGAUUGUAAUCAUGCACACACCACCCAUAAGAGGCAGCAAAGAAUGGUAAAUGCUGGGUUAUUCAUGUAGCUUGAGCCAAAUGUUCUCGUUCCAAAGACUAGAAGAAAAUACUUCUUUUAUAAAUCCAGGCAUGUGUAAGUUUUAGAAUAUGUUUUAGAAGAAGCUAAAUCUUUAAGUUGUUGAAUUGUUGAGUGAAUUUUUUUUAUUAAAUAUGUUGAUUGUUUAAGCUACAGUACUUUGUGUUUAUUGUUGCUGAAUAUAAUGACGUUCUCAACAUUUCUGUACUAUGUUAUCACUAUAUUUGUUAUGUGUACAGCAAAUGAAAUCUGUCUGCAUGAAUACAAAUGAACAUGGGUUGGGACAAAACAGUCUUUGUCAAGAUUACAAGAAUAAAUAAAAACAAUCUUAACUAAACCAUGGAUAACCAUUUAUGUUGUAAUUGUUUUAUAUAUAAAAUGUAGUAUAUGUAUAUGUCAAUAAAAUGUAUACAAAGCU